AUGACGGAACCACCAGCGAAACGUGCUCGCCGUGUCGAUAGCUCAGCCAUGUGGGACCAAGACGACCGGAGGACACGUUCACCCGAAGUAGAACCAGAUUAUACCAGAAGCCCUCGCCGGGAGCAUAUUGCGAAAGAUGAUGGACGACGCGAUGGGCCUCGCGAUGACCGGAGAUAUCGUUCUCGUUCCAGAGAUAGGAGGGACAGGAGGCGAGAUAGAAGCCGGUCCAGGGAUCGCCGUGACCGCGACCGCAGAGACAGAGAUGGACGGGGAAUGAGGGACAGAGAAAGAAGUGUCAGUCGGGAUAGGCACUAUGAUAGACGCGGCUAUCCUUUGAAAGGAGACAGGUUCAGGUCGCGAUCACCUAUUCCGAACGGCAACAGGGACCGGUCGCGGACGCCGCCACCUCGCGGACCCCGGAAUGACCGCAGGCACGAUCGCAGAGAUCAUAGAGGGCAGACAAACGGUGCUACGGAUGCGAAGUCGGGUGUGAACCGGCACAAAGAUGAGAUGGAUGUGGACAGUGACGGUGCUGUGGGAGAAGACGAUGUCGAGGCAAUGAUGCGCCGCAGCAUGGGAUUCACGAAAUUCAGGAGCACGAAGAACACCAAGGUUCCCGGGAACGACAUCUAUGGCGUUCGCAAGGAGAAGAAGACGGAGUACAGACAGUACAUGAAUCGUGUCGGAGGAUUCAACAGACCUCUCAGUCCCUCGAGGUGA